AUGUCGAGAUCUUUCUCUAUCAGCUCUCGCGCAAGCCGCGACAACGUGCGACACAUCGAGCACGUGAAGAAUGAGGAACCGCUCAAAACGCAUCUACGCGGUCUGGCCGUGCUCAAUUCAUCUAUCUUGAACAAGGGAGCUGCCUUCCCAAGAGAAGAACGUAAAGCGCUCCAGCUUGAGGGUUUACUGCCGUACGAGGUGCACACGCUAGAUCAGCAAUGUGCUCGCGUACAAGCUCAGCUCGAAGGCAACAAGAACCCAGUGGACCAGUAUGCUUUCCUGGCCUCGCUCAAAGACCAAAAUCAGACGCUCUUCUACAACUUUGUACUACGUCACCUGAAGAAACUCAUGCCCAUCAUCUAUACUCCCACCGCAGGCGAAGCCAUUCAGCGGUACUCGCAUCUCUUUAGACGGCCUGUUGGCUGCUUCCUCGCUUAUCCUGAUAUGGACGACAUGGAAGGCAUUCUCGCACAGUUUGGCGAUGCAGACGAUAUCGAUAUCGUCGUUGUCACCGAUGGUGAGGCUAUCUUGGGCAUCGGAGAUCAAGGCGCAGGCGGUAUUGCCAUCUCGAUUGCCAAAGCCCAGUUGUACUCACUAGCAGGAGGUCUUAACCCUGCUCGGAUUCUACCUGUCAUGCUCGAUGUCGGGACGAAUCGACAAGAUCUUUUAGACGAUCCACUCUACCUCGGCUGGAAGAAUAAGCGACUGACUGGAGAAGAGUACGAUCGCUUUGUGGACAAGUUCUGCGGCUCGAUAGCCAAGAUGUACCCCAACGCUCUCCUCCAUUUCGAAGAUUUCGGCGUUUCCAACGCGCUCAGGUUACUCGAGAAGUAUCAACCCAAACAAUCUGUUUUUAAUGAUGACUUUCAAGGGACAUCGUGCAUUGCUUCUGCAGCUUUGACGGCUGCUAUCUUUGUCACAAAGACAAAGCUAUCCGAUCAGCGCUUCGUCAUCUAUGGCUCGGGCAGCGCGGGCAUCGGUAUCGCCGAAGGGAUCCUGUCGUCGCUCGUGGAGAAAGAAGGACUGACAGAGGAAGAGGCGACCUCGAAGUUCUGGUGUCUAGAUCGCCAAGGCCUCCUCCUCGAGAACUUUGACUCCCUUCGAUCUGGUCAAAAGCGCUACGCACGCAAAGUAGCCGAUGUCGCUGCUUGGCCUUCGCGAUCCGGUGCAAAGGGCGAUGAGCAAUCUGGUCCCGGACUGCUCGAAGUAGUCCAGCAAGUCAAACCGACCGUUCUGAUCGGAUGCUCGACCCACAAAGGAGCCUUUACAGAAGAAGUCAUCAGGGAAAUGCACAAGCAUGUCGAACGACCCAUCAUCUUCCCUCUGUCCAAUCCCACCACACUCGUCGAAGCCACACCUCAAGAUAUCACAGAUUGGACAGACGGUCUAUCGCUCAUCGCUACCGGAUCGCCCUUCGAGCCUGCCAAGAUGCCAAACGGUCGACUGUACGAAGUAUCGCAAUGCAACAAUGCCGAAAUCUUCCCCGGUCUCGGUCUGGGCGUCGUGAUCAGCAAGGCGACAAAGGUCACCCCUGGCAUGCUCGUUGCUGCCAUUGAUGCCAUCGCGAAGCUCUCGCCUGCUCUGCACGAUCCCGACGCGGCUCUGCUGCCAGAUAUAGGAUUCGUCAGACAUAUCAGUGUGAAAGUCGCACAGGCUGUCGCUGCUCAAGCGAGGAAGGAAGGCGUCGUACAGGACUCGGUCAAAGACGAUGAUCGUGAUUGGACAGAGGAAGAAGUGAGAAAGUGGCAGUGGGAUCCGCUGUACCGGCCCAUCCAGACACUCGACGACUCGCAUGUGAAGAAGACGGCAAAGCUCGAGAUUGGCGCAGCUCACUAGACAGACCGCCCGAGAGGUGAUCCUUUGUACACUACAUCGCACGAAUACAUCACGUUACAACAUCCAGGUCUCUCUCUGUCACCUUGUCGUCGUCGAUUGAGCUUGUACUUGGGCUUCCUUCGAAGCCGAAUGAAUCAGUUUGGUCUGACGCGAAGCCGAAGGCGCGGAAGGCUCGAGCAACGUCGUCUUUGGCCCUGCUGCAGGCGCCGAGUCGGAUAAUAUGUCUUGCAA